CACCGGAUUGAUCCCAAAAUAUGGCAGUUAAAUAGUACUCGGGUCCAAGGCCAUAUAAAACGCAGGAAACAAAACAUGGUAUAGGCUUUUCCGAAUCCUGAAUGCUGCAACGCCAAAUAGCUAUGCCUGAAAUGCUUUUGUGGUGAUUUUGAAAAUUGAUUAAGCUUUAAUGGGUGCUCCUAAACAAAAAUGGACUCCUGAAGAAGAAGCCGCUCUCAAAGCCGGAGUACGUAAGCAUGGUCCAGGCAAAUGGCGUACGAUUCUUAAGGACGCAGAAUAUUGUAAAGUAUUAUAUCUUCGUUCAAAUGUAGAUCUCAAGGACAAGUGGAGAAAUAUGACUGUAAUGGCAAAUGGAUGGGGAUCUCGAGAGAAGUCAAAAGUAGCACUUAAAAGGGUGCACCGAACCCCUAAGCAGGAUGAGAACUCGUUGGCUCUUACAAAUGUGGAUCAAAGUGAGGAGGAAACUAGUGAAGACAAGCAAGUUGAAACUUCUAGUGGCUCUCCACGUAGUGGGGGCACAAAAAGAUCUAUCAUAAGGUUGGACGAUCUUGUUAUGGAAGCUAUAAUAAACUUGAAAGAGCCUCGUGGAUCCAGCAAGAAAACUAUUGCUGCAUACAUAGAGGACCAAUACUGGGCACCUCCAAAAUUUAAAAGGCUACUCUCCGCUAAACUGAAGUAUUUAACAGCGACCGGGAAACUUGUGAAGAUGUCCCGGAAAUAUAGGAUAGCUCCACCUUCAUCAUUGAACAACAAUAGAAAAAUCCAUCACCCCAUUCUAUUGACAGAGGGCAGGGACAGAAUCUCACCUAAUAGGGUUGGACAUGAUGUUAAUAAUUUGCUCACUAAAUCUGAGAUUGAUUUGGAAUUGGCCAAGAUGAGAAGCAUGACUCCUCAAGAAGCAGCAGCUGCCGCUGCUGAAGCUGUUGCCGAAGCAGAAGCUGCUGUAGCAGAAGCUGAACAGGCUGCAAGGGAAGCAGAGGCUGCAGAAGCUGAUGCAGAAGCUGCCAUUGCUUUUGCCAAUGCAGCAAAGAAGACAAUACAGGGGAGAAGCACCCCUAACAGGAUGAUGAUUCGUUCUUGAUGGGUAUGGCAAGUGGUUCUUCAACACCUUUUGUAAAUUGAAAAGCGGAUGUGUUUCCACUCUCCAGUCAUCUCUCUAUUGCUCCACUGUUGUACAUAUGAGUGGUGUUAUUGUCAAUAGAAUCUGGUGGUAGUAAGAAAUGUAUGCUUAAAUGCAUCUUCUUGUCCUGGAUGUGCUUGAAAGAACUCAUGUUCUUUUCCAGACGUUUUGUCCUUCAGGGGUGAUGUAAGGGAAAGUUUCAGUCACAAGUGGAACUUUAUUUCAUCAGUUGAUGAAACAAAUCAGGAACUACUAGUCUACUACUUCAGGUAACACAGGGAGGAAACUAAGGGUUUGGGUCUUGAAAGAUGGACAUGGACAAUUUGGGAACAUUGUUCAUAGAAAAAGCUAUGUAGGCAUUCUGAUUUUUUUGCCUUUGAGAAUGUAAGCUUAAAUAACAUUUCUUAUUUUUCGUUCCCGAAAUUUUGUAUGUAGUGUUCUUUCAUUGAGAAGUAUUCAUCCACGUAUAGAACUUUAUUGUAAAUUUGUAAUAAUUAUUCCGAGGUUAGAGAAUUUGAAAAGUGUCGAGAAUCGUACUUUAAGUUUUUUUCUUACUUUAUGCUCUUUGGUAGCAAACUUUGCAUUUUCC